GGACAAGCUGGGGAGUCGGUCUGCACUUAGAGGUGUCACUUGGGAUCUGGAGAGCGAGCCCAUCCUACUGGAAAAGAGCUGCUCCAGCUCAUUGGCGGUAAAAAUGUACACGUUUAGUUUUGUUACUUCUAAAUAGAAGGUUCGGCCUUAAAGAUGCUCGAUGCAACAGGCCUUUGUUAAUUCUUACCUGUUUAAACAGUCUGGUUGCUCAGACCUCAUAUACUUACAUAAUUAGAUUCAGAAAGCAACCUAUAUACAGUAAAAAGGUCUUUUGUCAGUAGUUGCCCCGCAUGCUUUUGCUAUGAGGUCACUCAGUUAGCAAAGCAUAUAAUCGUUUAUCCUGGCUCCAUGUUUCCAAACCACACCCUGGCACUUUGGGGUGGAAAAGUAUGUGCAGUGCUGUGUUGUCUUGUCAAGCCCUUAAGCCCUUUCAAGUCUUGUCCCUUCCUGUUCCUGUGAUUUUGGAACCUCUCAGAUUGAAAAAACUUUUAAUUCAUCUGAAGUUCAAGAAACAGUAACUUGAAUGAGUUCUUCCCAGGACAGUUGGGCAUGCAGCACCAGAUUGGUGUGCAGCACAGGGAGCAAACUGAUCAUUUCCAGCAGAUCUGUAAGAAAGGACCAAGGGAUGGAAAGUGGACCAGGGAAUGUGCUCUUCAGUGCAAGGCAUGAACGGUGAACUUUGUGCCACUAUGGAGCACAGAGCCUAUCAAGGCUGAAUAUUACAUGGGACAGGUUUGUUUGUAGUCAUUGGUAUGGCGGGAGAACAAGAGAGAAGCAAGUGGCUGAAUCUCAAGAAAGCCAGUGAAAGUGAAGGUUCAAAAGGCUUGCGUUUAAGAUUCAACCAGAAGCCAGUGAUUACUUUACAGACCAUCUUUCAAUGCAUGUUUACAAACUGCUGGAGUCCCAUGAAUGCUGGAGUCCCAGACUGAGCAGCAGUCCUCUAACAGAGUUGUUUGAACCCUGUAAUUGAAAGAACUAUUCAACAUCCUACUGACAGCACAGCUUUCCUCACCCUCCAGCAGUAUUUCUGACCAGUAUGGACGAAAGGGGUGGGAAAACAAAGAACUUUUCUUCAGGUAGUCUGGUAACCCGAUCUGUAAGGUGACUCAGCCUCUUCGAACAACAGCUGUUUCGGGGACAUGCAGUGGUUAGCACACAGUGUUAAAGUCUGUGCUGCCUCUUCCUGGUUUCUGCCUGGUGAAUGAUCUGAACUGCGGCAUGAUCACAGCAUUUAAAUGGACUUCUCACACUCCCCCCCCAAAAAGAGAGACCAGAGAGAGCAGGCUAACACUGAGAGACAGUGCAAAGGAAUAGAGGCAUCAGGAAAGAGCCCACAAACCACUUGUGCAGAGCUGCUGCUAUCAAACUGAUGAAGACAGAAGCUCUUGAAAGAAAACUACAUGGAGAGUCCUAUGAGGGAAAGAAGUGAAGUUUUGUUUGCGUAUCAUAGCUCACUUCUCCUGCAAGCCCUGACAGUACUGUAAAACGUGAGAGAUCCUUAAGUGUACCAAUGGAAAAGACAGAUGACAUGCAUAGCUGCCAGGAUAAGCAUGAAGAGGAUAUCCCAGAGAGUUCCCCGUUUGACUUUGUUAUGAAACAGCUUCAAAGAAAAAGGUCAUCUCCUGGAAAAAGAAAAGAGCAGCCUUCAGCCAUGAAAAAAUUCUUCAGGGGCUUUGACUUUGGGAAAUCUGAAGGCAAGGACAGAAGGGAAAUUGAAGAAAGAAAUAAUUCUGGAGCUAAUGAUCAGAGUGAGAAGGAAGAUCUCUCUGCAGAAGAUGGAAUUUCACAUCUCAUUUCUGAAGCAGGGUCACCAUCUGAUGACCAGAUAUUUAACCAAUUCAUGCAGAAACUGGGGAAGAAACCCAACAGCAAGAAUCUGGAUCUAAAUAAUUGUGCAUUAAGUGCAGCAGAUGUAACAGAGCUGGCUUCUUUACUGCCCUUUCUCCCAGAGCUGGAAGAAAUCCGGCUGUCCUGGAAUGGUGGUGUUGGUGGGACUUUGAAAGCUCUCACUGUUCAUCUUCAUCAUGUAAACCUGUUAAAAGUCCUUCAACUUAACAACUGCAGACUAACAGCUGAGGAUGUCACCUCCUUAGGAGAGGCAUUUGAAAUUGUUUCUCAACUUGAAGAACUGGAUUUAUCAUGGAACAGUAACAUAGGUGGAAAACUAUCACUCCUGACAAAAAAAAUCCAGAAAGGAUGCAAGUUAAAACUUCUGAAAGACUGUAACCUAAUGACAAAAGAUGGAGAAUCCCUUGCUGAAAUUCUAAAUGUGAUCCCAAACCUUGAAGUAUUAGAUCUCUCUAUCAACAAACUCAUCAGCUGCAGGAUGAAGGUUAUUGCUCAGGCUCUGAAAAAUGUGCCAGGCUUGAAGGAGUUAAACUUGCACAUGUGUGGAUUAAAGCAAGACAGCCUCCAGGGUUUAGACUCUGCCUUACAGCACCUUGCAGACCUAAGGAAAUUAGACAUAUCAUGUAACAAAGAGAUUGGUGGUGGCUUUAAAGACUCAACAGCUCAUUUGGCCAGCUUGAAAAAUCUCGAAGUCCUUGAUCUCCACCAGUGCUGUGUAGCAGAAGAGGACAUGAUCAUUUUGUCCCAGGUGAUACCUUUACUCUCCAGUCUUCAAGAGCUGAAUUUAUCCUCAAAUAAAAAUGUAGGCGUCUCAUCAGGACCUCUUCUGGGCAGGCUCAGGUUUUUACCGAAGUUGAAGUCUGUGGCCAUCAGCAAUUGUGGUUUAGGUGAAGACUCGUUUUCAUCACUAGCUGAGGCUGCCCUUCACCUUCCUGAACUGGAGAUAUUAGACCUUUCCUGGAAUAAGUGCGUUGGUGGGAACCUAAAGCUGCUUUUGGGAGCACUAAAGCUUGCAAUGGAGAUUCAAGUGUUAAGACUGAGCAGCUGUAACUUGGUGGAUGAAGAUUUGGCACUUCUAACAUUGCUGACGCAGGAUGGUCACCUAGCCAGAUUACAGAAGCUGGAUUUGAGUUAUAAUAACAACGUAUCUGACGAAGGAUAGGUCAUAUUCUGUUGAGGCUUAACAGUAUUCAACGAACUCUCAGAGCUGGAUGUCAGUCUUCGCCCAUUGUCCUGCCGUGACUGUGGGAUGUGGUUCAGUGAGUUGUUAGCAGCACUGACAAAGCUACCUGCCUUGGCAGAGCUGGGGACGCAAAGAUGGGUCCUUUCAGAAUUACAACGGGAACAACUGGAAAGCUUUAAUCAAGACAACAAAAGAAACAUUCAUUUUAACUGUUGAUGGAGGUUGAAGGCUUCUGGAAGGCCUUUCACAAGCAGCACAUGAACCAAGUAUUAUGUGUCUCUGACUUAGCAGACAUCCCAGGUUUUAGUAAUCUCGUCUCAUAAGAACUACUGGAAUAGUUCCACAAUUACAAAAAACUCAUUUAACCUUCCGCAUGCACAGAUCAUUCCAUUUAAUAACAUACUCUCUCAGAUUCUCUGGGCCAUGCUCACACUACUAUAUAUGCUUAAUCUUUGUGUUGUGAAUACUGCAGUGACUACUGUCAAAUGAGCAACAAUGAUUUCAGAUGGACACACUGCAGGUUUGCCAAGAGCAGGAAGUGGCUGGGGUGUUUGCUAAUGCAGGUGGCUGGGCAGUGUGAAUGUGGCCUCAUUUAUGUAAGAAAAAUGUCUGGAAAUACUUGAAACCUCUAUGUUUUAAAUUUUAGUCUCUUCUCCCCCAAAACUUUUGCCUCUUUGUGAAUCUAUAAAAUUGUGAGAUUUGGACAGCAUCCCAACAAUUCAGGAUUAUGUAUUAGUCCAGUAAGGAAAAUACAUAAGGAGCUGAUCUUCCUCUGCUCAGCCCUUGAUGCCAUCUCAUAGUGUAGAUGAGUCCUGUGUACAGAAUCAACAUAAAAUCAAGUUGAUUGGUGUCUUUGCAGGUCUCAGGGACAAGGGAAAUGCUGUGGUAGGUUAAGUAAGAGAGAUGUCCUGCUACCUUAGCAAGGAAGUUUGUAUACAGAGCAAUCCAAAAGCAUUCUGGGUAAGGCUAUGCAAAGACUUCAGGAAACUUCAGAGAUGCUCCUUCUCAUCCUGAGCUGUUUCAGACUGCACUUUCUGUACAGACCCUUUUAUGACAUGCAGCACAAAAAAAAAAAAAAAAAAAACAAAA